GGAAAAUUUAGCUCCGCAUUUUUGUUCUCAGUUCUCAACCACUAUUUCUUGUGAACGAUUUCUUUCCUCGGCCUUGUUGUCGCAUCCAUUCCCCUCCACUCCCCUCUAUCCUCCAUCUCUCCAGGCAGCCUCACCCGUCAAACUCCAUCAAAAUGGCCGACGACGCUCAGCAUGAACACACCUUCGACUCGGCUGACGCCGGUGCGUCGCUGACCUUCCCCAUGCAAUGCUCUUCCCUCCGGAAGAACGGUUUCGUUGUCAUCAAGAGCCGUCCUUGCAAGAUCGUCGACAUGUCUACCUCCAAGACUGGCAAGCACGGUCACGCCAAGGUCCACUUGGUCGCCAUUGACAUCUUCACUGGCAAGAAGCUGGAGGAGCUUUGCCCUUCCACCCACAACAUGGACGUCCCCAACGUCUCCCGUCGCGAGUACCAGCUCCUCGACAUCUCCGACGAUGACUACCUCUCCCUCAUGACCGAUGACGGUGACACCAAGGAUGAUGUCAAGGUUCCCGACGGAGAGGUUGGCGAGAAGAUCCUCCGUCUCUUCAAGACCGAGGAGAAGGACACCAACGUUGUCAUCCUGACUGCCAUGGGUGAGGAGGCUGCCGUUGAGGCCAAGGAGGCUCCCAAGCAGGGUUAAACGCCUGCCUUUGGCGAUUGACGACCUCGGGAAGUGACCGGAUACUGAACAGUAGCGCUUACGAUCAGUCACGGCAAAGCUCAUGUUGAGGAUACCUCGUCUUGACAUAUUGUGGGCCUGCCACUCAUUUCUCUGAUCCAUGGACUUGAUAGUUUUAUUUGAUAGCACGUGAAAGACGGGCUCGCGCGAAAUCCAAUCUGCGGUUUUCCCAUCUAAUUGGCAUGCGAUAAACAUUCCUAAGCGGGGAGAAACUGGGGUGUCAACGGGUGUAGAGUCUACCUCAAUUGAGACUAUACG